AUGUCUGCAGCUGCGCUGAUGGAUGCGGACUACACUGCAAUCCCAUGUACGCAAUACCUACGACCCCGGUUUGACGAUCCUACAAGCUUUGCCGUCUACAACACACCAAUUCAUCACAAGCCUGUCCACAAUGUCGCCGUACAAGUCGACUUCAUCCACCACCUCCACCUCGUCGCCGUACAUGUCGACUUCAUGCAGCGCCUCCGCCUCGUCACCCACAUCACCCACAUCGCUCACAUCACUCACAUCACUCACAUCACUCACAUCACUCACAUCACCCACAUCACCCACAUCACCCACAUCACCCACAUCACCCGAGCCAAGCCACAAGGCAUUGCCCCAGUCCGGUCGCCGCCCGCGCAGCUGUACUUCCUCAUGGGGUUCAAGCCGACCGAUGCGUUGACAGGACAAAGGGCAGGCUCGAUUGGCAGCCUGGGCUGA